AUGCAGCACGCUAUGCCGCACGCUAUGCCGCACGAGCUGCAGCAGCAGCACUUUGGUGCGCCUUAUAUGAAUAACCGUAUCAAGUCAGAGACUGGUUCAGAGCGCGGCACAUCCCCGCACCCUUCAGAGACGUCCAGAUACCCUUCCCAGCAGCCCCAGCAGAUGUCUUCGUAUCCGCCUAUGCCCGCUCAGCACAUGAACCAGAUACGCUACCCUUCUCCUACACACAUGCAACAGUCAAUCCCUCUGCUCAAUAACCAAAACUACAUACCUCCUCCCGACCACACAUAUGCCCAGCAACCACCACCUGAUCAGUCUAUCCAACAACCAGGUGGGCGUCCUACCAAUGAAAGCGGUCCUCCAAAAGCGUUUGCAUGCUCCACGUGCACCAAGGGAUUCGCGAGACGCAGUGACCUCGCGCGUCAUGAGCGCAUCCACAGCGGCAUCCGACCCCAUGUGUGUGAUUACCCCAACUGCGGCAAGCAAUUCAUCCAGCGAUCCGCUUUGACGGUUCAUCAACGUGUCCACACCGGAGAAAAGCCACACAUGUGUGAGCGUUGUGGCAAGCAAUUCAGCGACUCGAGUUCAUUGGCGCGUCACCGUCGAAUCCAUUCUGGCAAGCGGCCGUACAAGUGCCCUUAUGCGGACUGCCAGAAGACCUUUACGCGUCGCACAACUUUGACCCGCCAUCAAAACCACCACACGGGUACAGUGGAGGAAGCGGCUGUUGCUACUGCUCGCGCUCUCGCUGGGCGCGCUUCCGCUCCUAGUCGUUCAGGCCGUUCCGAUGGAGAGGAAUACUCCGAGACUGCUUCGCCGAUGAAUACGCCAUCUCCAAACGACCGCCCAAUGUCUUUAUCUCCUGCUGCUGGAAUGCCCGCUGGUGUGGUGCCGGGUAUGCACCGUCAGACCUCGGACUAUGCUUACAUGGGCCAAAUGAAUGUACCCCCUCACCUACGUAGCGAGAUGCCUCAGCCUAGCCCGCGCGCCUCUCCCGCUCUGACCCCUCAGUCAUACACCUCGAGCGCAAGCAACUCGCGCCCGGCCAUCACUUCGCACCCUAGUGCCUACGGCCCACCCCCGACUCUGGAGCCCCCAGCCUCUGCCAACCAUAAUCAAUCCGGUCACAACAGUGCCCAUGGAAGCCCCCAUAUGUCUGCCGUUGGAUGGCAAUCACCAUCUCAGCAGGCGUUGCCCUCCCCUGGACCCGGCGACAACAACUACGUGUACCCGGAACCCCAGUACACGAACCCGCAACACGGCAUGUACUACCAGCAGACCAACAUUCGUCGCCCCAACAGCACUGAGCCGGACCAUUACAAUGCCAAUCAAGGCCAGCAAAUGUGGGCUCCGGCAGUGUAG